GUGAUGUCAGAGCAGGAAGUGUUUGAGGAAGUGGCGCUCGCUGACAAGUUUUAAGAUUCCCCUAUUUUAAUGUCUUCGGGGUGGUGCCCGAGCCCCCGGUUUUGCUGCCCCAACCCCCAAAUCCCCCGCCCCAGGGAGCCGCUCCCCCGCCCCGCGUCCCCGCUGACAGAAUUAGCACAGCAGCAGUAUGAGUUGGUCACCUUCCCUACCAACCCAGACAUGCGGGGCCUGGGAGAUGAAAGAAAGACUUGGGACCGGGGGAUUUGGAAACGUCAUCCGGUGGCACAAUCAGGAAACUGGUGAGCAGAUCGCUAUCAAGCAGUGCCGGCAGGAACUCAGCCCCCGGAACCGUGAGCGCUGGUGUCUGGAGAUCCAGAUCAUGAGAAGACUGAACCACCCUAAUGUGGUGGCCGCCCGGGAUGUCCCUGAGGGGAUGCAGAACCUGGCUCCCAAUGACUUGCCCCUGUUGGCCAUGGAGUACUGCCAAGGAGGAGAUCUCCGAAGGUACUUGAACCAGUUUGAGAACUGCUGUGGCCUGCGGGAAGGAGCCAUUCUCACCUUGCUGAGUGACAUUGCCUCUGCACUUAGAUACCUUCAUGAAAACAGAAUCAUCCAUCGGGAUCUAAAGCCAGAAAACAUUGUCUUGCAGCAGGGAGAGCAAAGAUUAAUACACAAAAUUAUUGACCUAGGAUAUGCCAAGGAACUGGAUCAGGGCAGUCUCUGCACCUCCUUUGUGGGGACUCUGCAGUACCUGGCCCCAGAACUGCUGGAGCAGCAGAAGUACACAGUGACUGUGGACUACUGGAGCUUCGGCACCUUGGCUUUUGAGUGCAUCACAGGCUUCCGGCCGUUCCUCCCAAAUUGGCAGCCUGUGCAGUGGCAUUCCAAAGUCCGACAGAAGAGUGAGAUGGACAUUGUUGUGAGUGAAGACUUGAACGGCACAGUGAAGUUUUCCAGUUCUCUGCCCUACCCCAAUAAUCUUAAUAGUGUCCUGGCACAACGACUUGAGAAAUGGCUGCAGCUGAUGCUGAUGUGGCACCCCCGACAGAGGGGCACUGACCCUGGGUAUGGGCCCAAUGGCUGCUUCAAGGCCCUGGAUGACAUCUUAAAUUUAAAGCUGGUUCAUAUCUUGAAUAUGGUCACUGGCACCAUUCAUACCUACCCAGUGACUGAGGACGAGAGUCUGCAGAGCUUAAAGGCCAGGAUCCAGGAGGACACCGGGAUCCCUGAGGAGGACCAGGAGUUAUUGCAGGAAGCUGGACUGGCUCUGAUCCCUGACAAGCCGGCCAUACAGUGCAUCUCCGAUGGCAAGCUAAAUGAGGGCCGCACGUUGGAUAUGGAUCUCGUUUUUCUCUUUGACAACAGUAAGAUAACAUACGAGACUCAAAUCUCCCCACGACCCCAACCUGAAAGCGUCAGCUGUAUCCUUCAAGAGCCCAAGAGGAACCUCCCUUUCUUCCAGCUGAGGAGAGUGUGGGGCCAGGUCUGGCACAGCAUCCAGACCCUGAAGGAGGACUGCAACCGGCUGCAGCAGGGACAGCGAGCUGCCAUGAUGAAUCUCCUCCGGAAUAACAGCUGCCUCUCCAAAAUGAAGAAUUCCAUGGCUUCCAUGUCUCAGCAGCUCAAGGCCAAGUUGGAUUUCUUUAAAACCAGUAUCCAGAUUGAUCUGGAGAAGUACAGUGAGCAAACUGAGUUUGGGAUCACAUCAGAUAAACUGCUGCUAGCCUGGAGGGAAAUGGAGCAGGUUGUGGAACUCUGUGGGCGGGAGAACGAAGUGAAACAUCUGGUGGAACGGAUGAUGGCCCUGCAGACAGACAUUGUGGACUUGCAGAGGAGCCCAAUGGGGCGGAAGCAGGGGGGGACGCUGGAUGACCUAGAGGAGCAAGCAAGGGAGCUUUACAGAAAACUAAGGGAAAAACCCAGAGACCAACGAAAUGAAGGUGACAGUCAGGAAAUGGUCAGAUUGUUACUUCAGGCAAUCCAAGGCUUUGAGAAGAAAGUACGAGUAAUUUAUACCCAGCUCAGUAAAACUGUGGUUUGCAAGCAGAAAGCUCUGGAAUUGUUGCCCAAGGUGGAAGAGGUAGUGAGUUUAAUGAAUGAAGAUGAGAAGACAGUGGUUCGGCUUCAGGAGAAGCGACAAAAGGAGCUUUGGAAUCUCCUGAAGAUCGCUUGUAGCAAGGUCCGUGGUCCCGUCAGUGGAAGCCCAGACAGCAUGAACGCUUCUCGCCUUAGUAACUCCAGUCAGCUGAUGCCUCAACCUCCCACGGCCCCUGACAGCUUACCUGAGUCAGUCAAGAAAAGUGAAGAACUGGUGGCCGAAGCACAAACUCUCUGUGCUCAGCUUGAAAAUGCAAUUCAAGACACCAUGAAAGAACAGGACCAGAGUUUAAAGUCUCUAGACUGGAGCUGGUUACAGACGGAGGAGAAAGAGCAGAACAGCCUGGAGCAGGCCCCAUGACUGUGGGUGACCCUGACCCCUGGUGGGACUGCCAGCCCCAGCUCUCCACAGAGACCUGCCAUAAGGAUGUCCCCAUGGUCAUCAGCACAAAGGCGGAGAUCUUCUCACUUCCCCAGCAGCUGUAACAGCGCCAUGCAUCUGGGGCAUGGCCCUAUGUGGCCACCAUCUGUCUGAACACUGGAAGUCCUGCACCUCAGAGGCUCAGCAAAUGUUGAUAUCAGGCAUAAGCAUUUAGGGGUGACCAAGCCAGAGCGGCUACUUUCUCUGCUCUAAAAAAGACUCAAGGUACGGUUUGCCCCACAGACUACUAUGCAAAUCUCUAAAGUGACUCUGACAGGACAAAGCCUGGGUGGCACUUGGUGCCUGCCUGUCCUCUCCUGACCCCCAGAGGCCCUGAUCUACCUGUCCUCACAGUGUUUGAUCUGGAUCUGGCUUCUCUAAAACAGACUUUUAAAUCAGACAGUGUCUGGUCUAUUCUCUCUCUUCCUCUUUUCAUUUUACUGCUGCUAAAAUUUUUCUUUUACCUACAACUUUGAUGGUUAUCCUCCUUUUGGCAAGACGGUAGAUGAAUCUGAAGCUCCCCUUGUCUAGUCCUUUCAGCCAUAGGUGAUUCAUCAGCCAGGAUGGAAGUGUAACUUCUCUUCCAUCUUUUAUCCUACCAAAGACUACGUGGGCUGAGUUAUCAUGGAGGAGAGAAGAAAAGUUUGUCUGUCAACCACUCCCUGCUGACCACUGUGCCCUCGCCUCCUGUCCUUGCUGGGACGCAUCUGUGGGGGGUGGUGAGGUGGGAGGAGUUCCUGCCUCUCAUAUCAUCUAGCAGUGUUAUUAAAUUG